UGGGCGGUUCCAUCUCACCUCUGCCUCUCGCCCGCGCUUUGGUAUUGCCCCCUGGGGGCCUCUGGGUGCAGCCUGUCCGGCCCCCGUGGCCCUCCGCAGAUCUAGUAGGUUCAAAGUCUGGACCCUGAUUUCUCACCUCUGGGCCCACCCACGGCUGAGUCACCAUGCCCCCUCCCCCCCAGCAUGGCCGUCUGAAGGUGAAGACGACAGAGGAGCAGGCCGAGGCCAAGCGCCUGGAGCGGGAGAAGAAGCUACGUCAAUACGUAGCCGCCACAACGGCCAUCUUUGAGAAGAGGAAGACAGGGCAGCUGGACAAAGAGGCGCUGGAGCUGACCAAUCAGAUAUUGGGGGUCAACCCCGACUUUGCCACCCUCUGGAACUUCCGCCGGGAGAUCAUCCUCUGCCUGGAGCAGGAGGGGUCCUCAGAAGAGAUGCAGUCGCUGUGCCGCGGGGAGCUCUCAUUCCUGGAGUCCUGCCUGCGGGUGAACCCCAAGUCGUACGGGACGUGGCACCACCGCUGUUGGGUGAUGGAACACGUCCCCAACCCUGACUGGGCCCGUGAGCUGGAACUGUGCGCCAAGUUCCUGGAGAUCGAUGAGCGCAACUUUCACUGCUGGGAUUACCGGCGCUUUGUGGUGCAGCGCGCCCAGGUGUCGGCGGCGGACGAGCUGCACUUCACCGACCGCCUCAUCACCCGCAACUUCUCCAACUACUCGUCCUGGCACUACCGCAGCUGCCUGCUACCUCGGCUUCACCCCGACCCCCAGCAGCCGGGCCGCCCCACUGAGGCCGUGCUGCUCAAAGAGCUGGAGCUGGUGCAAAAUGCCUUCUUCACUGACCCCAAUGACCAGAGUGCCUGGUUCUACCAUCGCUGGCUGCUGGGCAGAGCCGAGCCAGAGCCGACUAUCCUGUGUGUCUACGUGAGCCGAGAGGACUCCUCGCUGGCGGUGGCUUUCUCCCAGCCCGUGGUGGUGACUCCAGGAUCCUGCGACCUGCUGCUCUUUGCAGACGAGGCCCCCCUGACAGUGAAUUGGCGCACACCUGACGGGAGAAACCGCCCCGGCCUCAUGUGGCUGUGCGACCUGCCCGCCUCGGCCCUCAACGAGCACUGGCCCCAGCACACCUUCCGGGUGCACUGGGCAGGCGGGCAGUCCCAGAAGGAGUGCGUCCUCUUCAAAGGCCGCAGCGACGGCUGGUGCCGGGACUCCGUCACCGAGGAGCAGAUGUUCAGGUGCGAGCUCUCCGUGGAGAAGUCAACUGUGCUGCAGUCAGAACUGGAGUCCUGUAAGGAGCUGCAGGCCCUGGAGCCGGAGAACAAGUGGUGUCUCCUCACCAUCAUCCUCCUCAUGCGGGCCCUGGACCCGCUGGUGUACGAACGCGAGACCCUCAGCUACUUCGACACCCUGAAGGCCGCUGACCCCAUGCGCUCGGCCUAUCUGGACGACCUGCGCAGCAGAUUCCUGGUGGAGAACAGCAUCCUGCGGAUGGAGUACGCCGAGGCCAGGGUGGUGGACCUGUCCGGCCGGGGCCUGACCGUCCUCUGCCACCUGGAGCAGCUGCCGCUCGUCACCCACCUGAACCUGGCGGGGAACCGGCUGCGCGGCCUCCCUCCUGCCCUGGCCAUGCUGCGCUGCCUCGAGGUGCUGGAGCUGGAUGGGAACCAGAUCGAGACCCUGGAGGGGCUGGCCCCCCUCCCCCGCCUGGAGGAGCUCUCAGCCUGCAGCAACCGCAUCCAGCGACCUUCCAACCUGCGACCUUUGGCCUCCUUCCCCAAGCUCUGCCUCCUGGCCCUGCGGGGGAACCCCCUGGGUGACCUCCCCGAUGCCCAAUCACAGCUGGCUGCGCUGCUGCCCCGCGUGGAGAUCGUCCUCACCUGAUUGGCCGGGAAAGGCUGGCCCCGCCCCCUUCCCUCCCCCGCCCGCCAAUAAUUUAUUGGACCUGGGAAAUAAAAGGUUAAAAACG